AAGUACUAGUCAUUAAAGGGAAUAUUGUUGACUGACAACAUUACAUUCGUGAAUCUGAUUGGUGAAAUUCAAAGUGAGUCAAAUCGUAAAUACAAGUACGUCACGUCCUGCCAAAGUUCAAACUUACUGCAUUAUGUAUUGUUUCCAUGACAACAAAAAAUAAACAAGCGCAAAACUAGAGAAUAUUUAUUCUAUUCGAAUAUGAAUUUAUAAGAUAUUUUACCUAAAUAUAUGUGGUUCCAUGGCAGAACUGCACAUUUUAGGACAUUUAAAUUGUGCACAGCAUUUUACAGAGGGUUAUUCUUUGUAUUGUCGAUACACGAUUCAAGCGGGUCCCAAUUGGACACUACUUACAGGAUGCACCGAGGGGCAGACAUCAACUGGUAAACCCAAUACUGAUAAUUCUGUUAUAUGGGCUCAUCCGCUUGAUAUACAUUUUGUAACUCGCGGUAUACAAGGUUGGCCAAAGUUGGUUUUUCAUGUCAACUGUCUUGACUCAUUGGAAAGAUCAUGGGUGGUAGGCUAUGGCUGUACUAGUCUCCCCACAGUGCCAGGUUAUCAUACAAUAAGAGUACCCUGCUGGCUGCCUGCUGCAACUUCAAUAUCAGAUAGCUUAAGACAAUAUUUUCUUGGUGGAUCUCAUCAAAUAACACAAAAUGAUAUUAUUAGUUUAGGAAAUGAUAGAUUCAAGUUAAGCACACAGUCAAAAGGGUGUAUAGAAAUUAAGAUCUGUAUAAUUUUAAGGAAUUUCACUCAAUUUGGAGUAGAGUAUAAAUAAUGCAGCCAAUAACAUACCUUGUUUUUACUUUGGUGUCUAUUUUAAUUCAAUUUUGUGUUAUGGACUUCAUAAACGUUACUAUUGAGGAAAAGAAUAAAAGUAAAAUGUUAAGGCGCAAUUUACAAGCCAUGGCUAGGAUCGUAGAGAAG